CGUGAGCACACAUCGGCCAUUCAGUAUACCAAGCAAUACACUUGGAAGCAAUAAUGGAAUUCCGAACGAAAUCAUUUUAUUGCUCAGCGGUUUUUUUCUUUAUCAAAUUGUGCACGGGACAGCACAGCCAGCCAUGCUUGGUCAAUCAAUUGAAAAUGCAGGAGAACUUCACUAUGGAUGCUUUCCAAGGGGAAUGGUAUGUGAUAUCCAUGCGAAACCAAAGAACGGCACAGAAUGGUGCGGGUUUAUUGGAUUCCAAUAUACGACACCGGUAUUCGAUGGGAUCCUAUGGAACACUCACCUUUGAAACAAAUCUCCAGCGUGUAUGGUUUGGUUGCACGCGACUUGAAAGCACAGCUAUACCGGAUCCCUAUUCAAAUAUGACGAAGUUCACGAUAAUGCAAACCAAUGUACCAGUACGACAGCGUUGGGUCGGUAGGAAUCUGUGGAUCGUCCGCACCGACUACACAGGGUUCGCCGUCAUCUACUCCUGUGAUUAUGUGCGUAUAGACGGAACUUGCGACCAAGCAUUUGUUUACACUUUGAAUAGGAAUAGAAACGGACACACACCAGAAGAAAUGAGCCAAAUCAACGAAGUUAUGACGGCAGUCUGCGUGCAUCCAUCGACUCUUUUACCCAUAGUCCAAAAUGGCGGGUGUGCCUUGAGCUCACAAGGAGGCAACCUAUGGGGCGGAGCCAGGCAAUGGAUGAAUAGGUGGCGCGGCUUCUGAAUGGGAGCAAAUUGGUGACGUAAAAGCUGACGUCAUCACGUAAACUAUUAAACUGUGACUAUUCCUAGUGGCACUCUCAGCCAUUUUAUAUCCGAUUUAGAUGGAGUUUACUCUGGUGCUGGUUUGGGAUGUUGGCUUUGCGUAUGAUAGUAUUUAUUUUCCGUGUUAAUUUACGAUCUAACUACAAAUAUGAUUAAAUG